GAAGAGGCCUCACGGAUACCCUCCAAGGUGGAGGUCGCGUGUCAUGUGACAGGGUUCUACCCUUGGGCGGUGCAGGUGGAGUGGUUGGGGGCAGAGGGGCUUCCCAUGGUAGACGGGGUGAGCAGUGGGGAGGUGCUGCCCAACGGAGACGGCUCGUACCAGCUGAGGAAGAGCCUGACUGUCCUACAGGAAGCCCAGGACACCCAGAGCUACAGCUGCCUGGUGCUCCACAGCAGUGUAGCUGGGAACAUCACACUAACCUGGGUUCUCAAGACCCGAUCCAGCUUCUGGAGGGACAGAAUCGUAACAAUGAUUGGCUGUCUAUAGUUUCUGACUGUUGUUCUGUUGUGGAAGAGAGGAGGCGCAGUCAGAGAGACCUCCACUGUGACUCCCAAGUCUGACCACGGCAUGAUCCAGUCCUCAUAGCAGGUAAUGUCUCAACGUCAACAGUGAAGAGGCAACUCCGGGAUGUUGCAAAGAAAAAGCCAUAUCUCAGACUGGCCAAUAAAAAUAAAAGAUUAAGAUCGUCAAAAGAAAACAGA